AUGGCCGCCCGACCUCAGAACAUUGGCAUCAAGGCCAUUGAGAUCUACUUCCCCAGCCAGUAUGUUGAGCAGACCGAGCUCGAGAAGUUCGAUGGUGCUGCCGCUGGCAAGUACACCAUUGGUCUAGGCCAGACCAAGAUGGCCUUCUGUGACGACCGAGAGGAUAUCUACUCCAUGUCUCUCACCGUCACCUCAAGACUCAUUAAGAACUACAACAUCGACGUCAACGAGAUCGGCCGUCUCGAGGUUGGCACCGAGACCAUCCUCGACAAGUCCAAGUCCGUCAAGUCUGUCCUGAUGCAACUGUUUGGUGAAAACACCAACAUUGAGGGUGUCGACACCCUCAACGCCUGCUACGGCGGCACCAACGCCUUCAUCAACAGCGUCAACUGGGUCGAGUCCUCAGGCUGGGACGGCCGCGACGCCAUUGUGGUCGCUGGUGACAUUGCCCUCUAUGCCAAGGGUGCAGCCCGACCAACCGGUGGCGCUGGCGCCGUGGCCAUUCUUGUUGGCCCUAACGCCCCUCUCGUUGUUGAGCCCGGUCUGCGCGGCACCUUUAUGCAGCACGCCUACGACUUCUACAAGCCUGACCUGACCAGCGAGUACCCCGUUGUCGACGGCCACUUCUCCCUCACUUGCUACACCAAGGCUCUUGAUGCUGCCUACCGGGACUACUGCAAGAAGGAGGCCAAGUUUGCCAACGGCACCACCAACGGUGUCGACUCCAGCAAGACCCCUCUCGACCGCUUCGACUACCUUGCUUUCCAUGCCCCCACCUGCAAGCUGGUCCAGAAGUCAUACGCCAGACUGCUGUACCACGACUUCCUGAACAACGCUGAUGCCGCUGCCUUCGCCGAGGUCGCCCCUGAGCUGCGUGACAUGGAUUAUGAAAAGUCCCUGACCGACAAGGCUCUGGAGAAGACUUUCAUGGGUCUCACCAAGAAGCGCUUCCAGGAGCGCGUCAACCCCGCCAUCCAGGUUGCCACCCUCUGCGGCAACAUGUACUGCGCCAGCGUCUGGGGUGGUCUGGCCAGUCUGCUGUCCUUCAACGACGCCAAGGCUCUCGAGAACAAGCGAAUUGGUCUCUUCAGCUACGGCUCCGGCCUCGCCGCCACCUUCCUGUCUCUCCGCGUCGUCGGCAACGUCGAGACCAUGCACAAGAUCCUGGACAUCCCCGCUCGUCUGGAGGCCCGCCGUGCCGUCCCUCCUGAGACCUACGAUGAGAUGUGCAAUCUCCGAAAGCAGGCCCAUCUCCAGAAGAACUACACCCCCAAGGGUGAUGCCUCUACCAUUGCUCCUGGCACCUACUACCUGGAGAACAUUGACGACAUGUUCAAGCGCGAAUACAAGGUCAAGGCUUAA